CAACUGUAGAGGCAAAAAGUUACUCAUCAGCAAGUCAGAAUGGUACAUGCCUGGUUUUGUUUGCUACUCUUUCAGAUGUCCCUCAUCUACAGUCAUCACCCUGAAGAUGAUGUUAAACCCAAGCCUGUCCUGAGUGUCUCUACUCAGUGGUUGAAUCCUGGACACUCAGUGACUCUGAGAUGUCGGUUUAACAAGACAUCCAUCCACUGGAGGUUCUUCUGGUACAGGAAUGUUUCUUCAAAUCAGUCCUACACUUUUAAGCCCCUAUCUGAUGGUGGGACUACUGAAGAAUAUUACACUCUGAGUCCUGCUGGUCGUAUUCACACAGGAAGAUAUGUGUGUGGAGCUAAAGAACAUAACAUAUUGGUCUCAGAAUACAGUGAACCUCAGUUUCUCUGGUCAGGAGACCUGCAGUCUACUGUCUCUCUGACAGUAAAUCCUAACAGAACUCAGCAUUUUACAUCUGGGACAUCUGUCUCACUAAGCUGUGAGGAGAAAGUAAACUCUACUGGAUGGAGACUGAUGAGAUACACAGAAAAAGGAAUGGAGGAUUUGGUUGAGUCAAGAUGGGUAACUAAAUCAGGAUCCACACAGACUCAGGACAGUGGAGUGUACUGGUGUGAGUCUGGGUCAGGAGAGAACAGUAAUGCUAUCAACAUCACAGUGACUGAUGGCGAUGUGAUCCUGGAGAGUCCUGUCCAUCCAGUGACUGAAGGAGACACAGUGACUCUAGUCUGUAAACACAGAACAACCAAAUCAAAAAUGAUUAAAGCUGAUUUCUACAAAGAUGGAGUACUGAUCAGGAAUGAGACCACAGGAGAGAUGACCAUCUCUGCAGUAUCAAAGUCAAAUGAAGGAUUUUAUAAAUGUAAAUCUAAUGAAGGAAAAUCACCAGGAAGCUGGGUGACAUUAAUAGAACCCAAGCCUGUCCUGAGUGUCUCUCCUCAGUGGUUGAACCCUGGAGACUCAGUGACUCUGAGAUGUCAAGUUAAAGAGACGUCUACAGACUGGAAUUUCUUCUGGUACAGGAUUGUUCCUUCAGAUCGGUCCUACACUUUUAAGCCCCUAUCUGAUGAUGGGACUACUGAAGAAUAUUACACUCUGAGUCCUGCUGGUCGUAUUCACACAGGAGAAUAUGUGUGUAGAGCUGGGAGAGGAAACUCCAACUACACAGAUUACAGUGAACCUCAGUUUCUCUGGUCAGGAGACCUGCAGCCUGCAGUUUCUCUUACAGUGGCUCCUAAAUUAACUCAACAUUUUACAAAGACACCAGUUUUACUAACAUGUGAAGACAAAGGCAACCCUACUGGUUGGAGAGUUAAGAGAUACACACAGAAAGGAGUGGAGGAUUUGGAUGAGUCAAAAUGGGUAACAAAAGCAGGGUCAACAUGGACCAUCAAAAACACACUGGCUCAGGACAGUGGAGUGUACUGGUGUGAGUCUGGAUCAGGAGAGAACAGUAAUGCUGUCAACAUCACAGUUACUGGUGGUGAUGUGAUCCUGGAGAGUCCUGUCCAUCCAGUGACUGAAGGAGACACAGUGACUCUAGUCUGUAAACACAGAACAACCAAAUCAAAAAUGAUAAAAGCUGAUUUCUACAAAGAUGGAGUACUGAUCAGGAAUGAGACCACAGGAGAGAUGACCAUCUCUGUAGUAUCAAAGUCAGAUGAAGGCUUUUAUAAAUGUACAUCUAAUAAGGGAGAAUCACCUGGAAGCUGGGUGACAGUUACGGAUAGAUCCUCUAUAUUAGUCCUAGUAGGAGUCGUUGGGGGUCUGGUUGUUGCUGGUUUUCUCCUGGGUGUUCUGCUGGUUCUUGUGUGUCAAUUUAAAAACAGCAAAGGUUCCUGUUGUAAUAGAACAUCCUUAUCUCCCCAGACCCAGAUCACCAACCAGGAUCACCAGCAGGAUCUACUGCAGCAUGGUGGCGCGAACAUCUAUGAAACAAUCUAUCCCUCAGACAACACAAACGUUGUGGCUGGUUCUUCUUCUGCUUCUGGGACAGGUGAUGUGACUUAUGUCCAGAUUCAACUCAACCAGCUGAAAAAUAACAAAAAAGGAAAUACAAUCUACUCAGAGGUGAAAACAGGGAAAGCUACAGAAUCUAGACUUGUUGAAGAAAACUAUGCGCAAAUUGACCUCAACAGAAAGGCCAUAGCCAAUAAGAAAAGAGGAUCAACACCCCGACCAGAGACAGAACCAAUCUAUUCUGAAGUAAUGCCAGGCACAGCUCCCAGUACUGUCAGACCAAAUCACAUCUAUUGAAAUGGUUUUGAGUUCAACAACCAAGACCCUUCAAGACCAGUUCCAAUGUGAUUACAUCAAUGACCAGACCAAAUCAUCCUGGUGAUCAUUAAAGCACCUUCCAAAAACGAUCUACCUUAUCUAGAGUUUUGGUGUUUCCAUUGAUUCCCAGCAGAAAACAGCCCUGCAUUGAUUCUAAAUCUAAGUGGGUUUAGUCCCUUGAUGAGAUACCAGACACUGCUGGAAGUGGUGUUGGAGGGCCAGUAGGAGGCACUGUUCCCUCUGUUCUAAAGAUCAAAUCCCAAUGGUCCAGAGCAGUUAAGGGACCAUUGAUCUGCAUAAGGUGCCGUAUUUCAUGUAGGACAUUAAAUGGGUGUCUUGACUCUCUGUGCUCAUUAAAGACCCCAUGACAGUAGCAGUGUUGAACUCUGUGUCUUGGUCCUCAUACCAACAUGGCUGCCUAAUCAUCAUGUUCUACUUUUAGUGGCUUGAAUGCUUAAACUUCCCCUUAGUGAGUUCAGUGUUUUAAAAUUGAGGAACUGAUAAGUUGUUUUAACUGAUUGUGUUUUACAUGAUGGCAUGAUUUUAAUAUAGGUUAAAUGUAUAUUGUGUUUUUGUUUACAUUGUCUGCAAUUUUUAGACUAAAGGUUGAUUAUAUUUGGUUAGCAGAUGUACAAUACGAACUUGUAGAGUUAAAAUCUAUGGUUUGUAUUGAAUCUUUGUAAAACUGCACUGUUCACUAUUUGUUAGUUUAUUGUAAAUUUAACUGAAGUUCUGUUUAGUGUAAACAUUUUGACAUUUUGACAUUGUAUUAUAAUUAAUUAUAAUUAAUGCUAAUGAAACAGUCCUUUACUAAGUAUAUCUACUGUAGGUAUAGAAAGUCAUAAUCUCCUUGUGCAUGUUGUGUUGCCUUAAAGACUGAAGUAAAACAUAAUAAAAUCAGACUAUUUCCUGCUGUA